AAUACUUAAGACAAGUAUAUAUUUUGCAGGGAUCACAAAAGUAUAAACAAGUAAUCGUCAGCAACAUUAGUAAGUUUCAGUAUUCAAUGAGAUCAUUUUCAAUUAUUAAUUCACAGUACAUGUUUAAGAUAAUAAAUAAGAUUGAGUUCAAAUUGUUCCAAUAUAAUUUUUGCACUUUUAAAUUUUCCAUAAAUGUAUAAAAAGCUGCAUUCUGUUAGUGUGAAGAAGAUAAACAAUUUUUUAAGAAAAGAUUCGGUAACUUACAUAUUGAAGAGUACAACACAUCACCAUGUCGAAUCCGUCGUUGAAAGACCUGCCAAAAGUAGCCUUAGACUUGAAAAGCGAGUUAGAAGGUUUCAAUCAUGGCUGUAUGAAGAAAGCCGCGACCGCUGAAAAGAACGUUCUACCUUCCGCUGAAGACGUGCGACAAGAACGACAACAUUCUGAAUUAAUCCACGAUGUGGAGACGUUUAAACCAGAUCAAUUGAAACAUGCCGAUACGAAAGAGAAGAUCAUAUUACCCAAUGCCAAAGAUGUAGCUGCGGAGAAGACUCAACAAACGCUUAUGUCAGGCAUCGAGACAUUUGACCCAAGCAGUCUGAAGCACACUGAAACUCAAGAAAAGAUUUUCCUACCUGAUAUGGAUGUGAUCCAGCAGGAAAAAGAAAAGCAAGAGCUGAUCUCUGACAUUGAGAAUUUCAAUCCCGCAAAAUUGAAACAUGCGGAAACGCUUGAGAAAAAUCCCUUGCCUACCAAAGAAGCAAUCGACGCAGAAAAGAUAGCUGCUUAAGGAAGCUUUUAAAACGAAAAGAACGGAAAAGAAAGGAAGCAGCGACUCGUCAUUUCUUCCAUUUUCUAUAUCGUGACAUUUUAUAACAAUUAUUCAUACAUUGUCGACAAGAAAAAAGGAGAAUGCGAAACACUGUGUUAAUGUAAUCUUAUGAUUAUACUUAUCCUACCGCCAUGAGCGUCCCUUUCGGCGAGACGCACAAGUCGAUUUUUACACAAAACUAUUAACAACGGAACGACGAUGAAGGUUCAGGUCCAAAUUUAAUUUAAAAGACAAGAAAAAAGAAAAAAAUAUGCGAUAAAACUUCACAAACCAUUGAUCUGAUUCCUAAAGUUACCAGCCUUAAAUAACUUUGGGCUUGCAUCGACAUCCGUCUUUAAUACUAACUCGCCAAAGGAUGUACUUUUUAUACUAAGAAAGCUGCACGCAGGCAAAACGUUAUUUUCGAUAGCAACAAAAUUGGUAGCAUUGCAUGCGUUACAGAAUAUCGCAAUGGUACAGCGGUUGAUCUUAUAUUUCUGUAAAAAUCAUAUUUUAUAUAAGGGGCUAUUGUACUUUUUUAAUAUUUCGUACACAUCGCAUUGUCAUUCCGAUGAAAAUUAUGACGAAUAAAACAGUAAUUUGUAAGAA